AUGGGUAUUGCUGACAAAACAGCCGGUUGGGAAUUUCAAUCACCAAGAAAGGACUUUUGGCACAAAUGUGUUCUUGAACGUGGAAAGCACCACAUUACUGGCUCUGUGAUCCACAAGACGUCAGGUGUCGUUGUAUCUGCGUCCACGCAAGAAACUGCAAUAAACAAGCGGCUCUACAGUCCUGUUGAUGUUUCUGCUGCCGAAAAUAUUGGUCGAAUUUUAGCAUACAGGUGUCUGUGUAUGGGAAUUACAUCAGUGCUCUUUGAUAUCACUGAAACGCCACUAACUAGUACAAAGAAUAAAGCAUUUCACGACGCUCUUUUGGAAUCUGGGUUAUGCUUAGAAGAAGAAUGUCUCCCAAGACCAGAAAGCUAUGGGAUUGAUUACGAUUCUCUAUCCACCGAGCAAAAGCGCUCCCUUUACCCCAGCCUCAUUGAAGAACUGCGUUCCACACCAGAUUGGGGUCAGCAGACUUAUCCGUAUUCUCUGCGUCCGCGAGCUGGUAGAAUAAAAAAGAAACCACGAUACCAGUGUUUAUCAAAGCUGCGUCAGGGCUAUAUUUGGGACAGAUUUUACAAUCGUUUAGUCAAACCAGAACACCUAGCUGCUUGGCAGGUAGAACAACAGCAAAUAUAUGAGGAAACUCUUGGCGCUGACCCAUCUACGCUAACACAGUCAGACGAGCCUCCUGAGCCAUACGUUCCAGAGAAAUGGAGGCUCGAAUAG